GGCGCGGCGGCCGGAGCCCCGGGCCCGCCAUGGGCCGCCCAGAGCGGGGCGCGCUCCGGCCGCUGGCGCUGUUGCUGCUGCUACGGCUGCUGCUGCAGCUCCAGCAUCUCUCCGCAGCGGAUCCGCUGCCCGGCGGCCAAGGGCCGGUCAAGGAGUGCGAAGAGGACCAGUUUCGGUGUCGGAACGAGCGCUGCAUCCCCUCGGUGUGGAGAUGCGACGAGGACAACGACUGUUCAGACAACAGCGACGAGGACGACUGCCCCAAGAGGACCUGUGCAGACAGUGACUUUACCUGUGAUAAUGGCCACUGCAUCCCAGAGCGCUGGAAGUGUGAUGGCGAGGAGGAGUGUCCUGACGGAUCUGAUGAAUCCAAGGCCACUUGUUCCAGGGAAGAGUGUCCUGCGGAGAAGUUAAGCUGUGGACCCACCAGCCAGAAGUGUGUGCCUGCCUCAUGGCGUUGCGAUGGAGAGAAGGACUGUGAGGGUGGAGCGGACGAGGCCGGCUGUCCUACCUUGUGCGCCCCGCACGAGUUCCAGUGCAGCAACCGCUCCUGCCUGGCCUCCGUGUUCGUGUGUGAUGGCGACGAUGACUGCGGCGACGGCAGUGACGAGCGCGGCUGCUCGGACCCGGCCUGCCCGCCCCGGGAGUUCCGCUGUGGAGGAGGCGGUAGCUGCAUCCCCGAGCGCUGGGUCUGCGAUCGCCAGUUUGACUGCGAGGACCGCUCGGACGAGGCAGCCGAGCUUUGCGGGCGAGCCGGCCAGGAGACCACGGCCACGGCGGCAGCCUGCGCCCCCGCCGCCCAGUUCACCUGCCGCAGUGGCGAGUGCAUACACCUGGGCUGGCGCUGCGAUGGCGACCGCGACUGCAAGGACAAGUCUGACGAGGCCGACUGCUCAGCACCAGGACCCUGCAGUGAGAAUGAGUUCCAGUGUGGGGAUGGGACUUGUGUCCUUGCAAUCAAACGCUGCAACCUGGAACACGACUGCCCAGAUGGGAGCGAUGAAGCUGGCUGCCUGCAGGAGUCAACUUGUGAGGGUCCCCGCAGAUUUCAGUGUAAGAGUGGCGAGUGCGUGGACGGCGGGAAAGUGUGUGAUGAUCAGAGGGACUGCCGGGACUGGUCGGAUGAGCCUCAGAAAGAGUGUGGGCUGAACGAGUGUCUGCACAAUAAUGGCGGCUGUUCCCAUAUCUGCACUGACCUCAAGAUUGGCUUUGAGUGCACAUGCCCAGCAGGCUUCCAGCUUGUGGACCAGAAGACCUGUGGCGACAUUGAUGAAUGCCAGGACCCAGAUGCCUGCAGCCAGAUCUGUGUGAAUUACAAGGGCUACUUUAAGUGUGAGUGCCACCCUGGCUAUGAGAUGGAUACACUGACCAAGAACUGCAAAGCUGUAGCUGGCAAGAGCCCAUCCCUAAUCUUCACCAACCGACACGAGGUACGCAGAAUAGACCUGGUGAAGCGGGACUACUCGCGUCUCAUCCCCAUGCUCAAGAAUGUUGUGGCACUGGACGUGGAAGUAGCUACCAAUAGAAUAUACUGGUGUGACCUUUCCUACCGCAAGAUCUAUAGCGCCCACAUGGACAAGGCCAGUAUCCCGGACGAGCAGGUGGUCCUCAUUGACGAGCAGCUGCACUCUCCAGAGGGCCUGGCAGUGGACUGGGUCCAUAAGCACAUCUACUGGACCGACUCUGGCAAUAAGACCAUCUCAGUCGCCACAGUCGAUGGCCGCCGCCGAUGUACUCUCUUCAGCCGUGAACUCAGUGAGCCCCGAGCCAUUGCUGUUGACCCCCUGCGAAGGUUCAUGUACUGGUCUGACUGGGGGUUCAAGGCAAAGAUAGAGAAAUCUGGGCUCAAUGGUGCAGACCGGCAGACACUGGUUUCAGACAGUAUUGAAUGGCCCAAUGGAAUCACCCUGGACUUGCUGAGCCAGCGUCUGUACUGGGUGGACUCCAAGCUGCACCAGCUAUCCAGCAUUGACUUCAACGGAGGCAACAGAAAGAUGCUGAUUUUCUCCACUGACUUCCUGAGUCACCCUUUUGGGAUAGCUGUAUUUGAGGACAGGGUAUUCUGGACAGAUCUGGAGAAUGAGGCCAUCUUCAGUGCAAAUCGGCUCAAUGGCCUGGAAAUCUCCAUCCUGGCUGAGAACCUCAAUAACCCACAUGACAUUGUAAUCUUCCAUGAGCUGAAGCAGCCAACAGCUGCAGAUGCCUGUGAACUGAGUGCCCAGCCCAAUGGCGGCUGUGAAUACCUGUGCCUUCCUGCUCCUCAGAUCUCCAGCCACUCUCCCAAGUACACGUGUGCCUGUCCUGACACGAUGUGGCUGGGCCCAGACAUGAAGAGAUGCUACCGAGCACCUCAGUCUACCUCAACUACAACGUUAGCCUCUGCUAUGACAAGGACAGUACCUGCCACCACAAGAGCUCCUGGGACAACCAUCCAUGACCCUAUCUACCAGAACCACAGUACAGAGACACCAAGCCGGACAGCUGCUGUCCCACACUCAGUUAGUGUCCCCAGGGCUCCCAGCAUCAGCCCGUCUACCCUAAGCCCUGCAACCAGCAACCACUCCCAACACUAUGGGAAUGAAGGCAGUCAGAUGGGCUCAACAGUCACUGCUGCUGUCAUUGGGAUCAUCGUGCCCAUAGUGGUAAUAGCCCUGCUGUGUAUGAGUGGGUACCUGAUCUGGAGAAACUGGAAGCGGAAGAACACCAAGAGCAUGAAUUUUGACAACCCAGUAUACAGGAAAACAACAGAAGAAGAAGAUGAAGACGAGCUUCAUAUAGGGAGGACUGCUCAGAUUGGCCAUGUCUAUCCUGCAGCAAUCAGCAGCUUUGAUCGCCCACUGUGGGCAGAGCCCUGUCUUGGGGAGACCAGAGACAUGGAAGACCCAGCCCCUGCCCUCAAGGAGCUUUUUGUCUUGCCGGGGGAACCAAGGUCACAGCUGCACCAGCUCCCGAAGAACAACCCUCUUUCCGAGCGGCCUGUCGUCAAGUGCAAGCGAGUGGCAUUAAGUCUUGAAGAUGAUGGACUGCCCUGAGGAUGGGACCACCCCCUUCGUGCCUCAUGGAGUUCAGUCCUAUGCACUACUCUCUGGAUGGUGUGUGCCUGGAUGAGUGCCAUUUCUAUAUAUGGGUCUGUGUGAGUGUGUGUGAAUGUGUAUGUGUGUGACUUUUUUUAAAUUUAUGUUGCGGAAAGGUAACCACAAAGUUAUGAUGAACUGCAAACAUCCAAAGGAUGUGAAAGUUUUUAUAUGUAUAAUGUUUUAUACACUUUUUAACUGGUUGCACUACCCAUGAAGAAUUCAUGGGACAGCUCCUGCUGAGUGACUAACAUGAUGUAUAUAACCAAACGGGGCCAAUGGGACAAACUUGACUCAUCAUUUGAAUACUAUAUUUACAGAGGACAUUUGUUUUGAUUUGAGGGCUUUUUUAGUUUGGGGGCUUGGUUUUUUGUAAAUAAAAUUAUGCUUUGUGGCUAUCCAUCAACAUAAGUAUAAAAAGAAAGAACACUUCAACUUCCUUCCUCAUUUAGAUUAUUUAUUAACAUAUUUCAAAAGUAAGGUUAGCUCUAUAGAUAAGUUAGAGAAGUGAGAGUAUUUAUUUUUGGUAUGACUGGCCCAUUGCACAGACUCUGUGUUUAUGUGUGUAUGUUUGUAUGAAAGAAAAAAGAAUCUGUAGAGAAGAGGCACACUCAUGACUAUUGUUCAAAUACAUAAAAACAAAAUUAUUUUAAAACAGCCCACAAGAGGCGUAUCUAGUUUUCAGAGACACCUUCCGAAACUUCAUUCAGAAAAUAGAUGCCACAGUUUGCGCAGACAUGUGGUGGGAAAAGAUAGAUCUUUUCACCUCCGGCUACUCCUGAGUACUUGGUGAGCCAGCAAGAAGCUUUUCAGCUUGUCCAUGAUUGUUAUGACACCUGCCUAAGCUUUCUGAUCUGUGGUUUAGGUCAGUAUACAGAUAUUACACAGUGCCAGAAGUCCUCUUAAAGUUCAGCUCUCUGUGAGGACUCAGGUUGACUUUCCUCUGAAGCACCUGAAGGCUGAGCCUCUAGACAGCAGUUCUCAACCUGUGAGUCAUGACCCCUUUGGGGGCCAGAUGACCCUUUCACGGGGGUCACCUAAGACCAUUGGAAAACACAGAUAUUUACAUUACGAUUCAUAACAGUAGCAAAAUUACAGCCAUGAAAUAGCAACAAAAAUAAUUUUAUGGUUGGGGUCCCCACAACAUGAGGAACUAUAUAAAAGGGUCCCAGCAUUAGGAAGGUUGAGAACCGCUGCUCUUGAGCUAAGUGAAGACAUUUCUAGGAUUGCCAAAUUUACUAUAAGAACUGGCUCAGGCACUGAACCUCCGAGUCGCUGUGGAUGAGGACAAAGAUUUUGGAAUAGGUUUGAUUAAAUCUCUGUUUCUCCAUCCCCUUACUUUCUACCAUUUUCUUAAGUAGGGGAAACAUUUUAAAAUAACAAACAUGUUUCUUACCAUCAUAUGUUCACAUGGAUAAAACUAAGUCCAUAAAGGUUACCACAUCCAAAGUUAUAUUUGGGGGGGAAAUAACAUAGGAGAUAUAGCAUACUGGGCAUGUGUCCACACAAGGAUUUGUUUUACUGCUUUAUAAAUAAAAGGAAAACUCUGGGUGUUUAUAUAGAUCUUUCUUCGUUAUGAACACCACCUUUACUUUUUCUGAGCCUUGGGGUGGGGGGGAAGCCAUUUUCUGUCUGUGGGAUCCACUGUUGGAAACCCCAUAGUCCCAGAAGGAAUUCAGUCUCCACUAGCUUUCUCUUCCAAAGUAUGGUCUUUCCGUGAUUCUGCUGUUCUGCCAAUUCACUCCAGCUAAAUGACCAGGGACAAGUACAACAUGGAAGUAUUUGGCUUACGUGGAAGCAGAGGACAUGUAUCUACCUUUGACAUACCUGGAACUUGACAUUUAAAAUGUCUCCUGUUCCCACUCUCCAGCUUCCCCCAAAUCAGUGAAGCUUGAAUGUCUCACCAGCUUGACACCCUCUGAAUUUCAAAGGCCAUCUGGAGUUCUGCCAUCCUGUUCCUAGGAGCUUGCUCUAAGUCACUCGUGUUUUCCUAACCUUUAAAAGAAAUGGCUGUGUUCUAAGUGUGACCAUUAUGUCUGACAACUUCCUUCUGGUAUACAUGUGUUGAUGGUCCUGAGAUAUUCGCUGAAUAAAUGCAGUUGACCUCUGACCCAUUCCAAACAGUCUCAAGAACAGGUGGCCAACUCCUAUGGAGAUUACUCACUAUAUCCAUUCAGGAAUGGAAAGGAAAAUCAAUUCUAACUGAAGAAAAAUGCUGAAAGUGAAAGCAUCAACAUUUGCACAAAAUAAGCAGCUUCAGUAGUUAAUUCAGAGUUUCUGAACUUUUAGUCAGAUCCUGGACUUCAAAAUAUGGUUGAAACAUACAGUCCAGGAUUUCCAAAAGAUGAAAUUCACACCUUAGAAGUGCCCUAUUCCCUGACUAUGCUACAGCCACAGUCUGCAAGCAGGGGCUGUAGCAGCACUCUACAUCAAAACAAACCGACAAAUCCAUGGGUAGCAGUAGCUCAGAAGCAGUCUGGGGAGGACAGCCAUUUCCUCCUAGCACUGAAGACUUUGAGCCUCAUUCUGAGUUGUAUUUCAAAUCUGCUGCUGCCCUUUGCUGCUGUGCAUAUGCAGCCACAGCCAACAACAGCCAGAAGGAUGCUUAGUGAUCAAUCAAGGGGGCAGAACACUCAACAAACUACUUACUAAAAGACGCCAGGCCAGGCCUUUGGCUCUCCCUUCCCCAGAAGACAACACUGGGCUGCCUGAACAAGUGUGCAGUCAAACCUGCUUCCUCUCCUGUGACUGUCUGUCCAAUGCACUGAUGAGGGCACUACCAGAAAUGGCCUUCCUGAGACAAGAAACUAAAACUCUGCUCUUCAGACACACACACACACACACACACACACACACACACACACACACACACACACACACACACGACUGAAAUGGCUUCUGACUUCAAGGAGUAAAAAUAAUGAGAUGGGAUUUAAAAUGAUGGCAGUUAAUACUCUUGAGACCUUCAGUUAAUCUUAUGUAUUCACAACAUACUAUUCACUGGGUGCUAUAUGCUAGGCAUUGCAAGCAUCAAAGGUCAGUUAAAUGUUUUUCACCCCUUCAGAGCUCACUGCAGUAGAAGAUACAUAUGGAUGGGGACACACACACAUACACAAAGGGUAGAUUCCACUUAGAAUACUGCCAGAACACAACAAAGAAGAUGGGUCAUUUUACCUGAAAAGAUGAAAAACUGGGUCUUCAUAGAAGUGACCCAAAGACAAGUCUUAAAAAUUGAAAAGUGGUGCUUCUGGCAGAGGGGACACUGAGCUAAGACUGGGCCUGAAUCAACUGCGGAACUCUAAGGAACAGCAUGUAGUUCAUAUCCGGAAUAAAGAACUCAAAGGGAGUUGGCAGAAGAGAAACUGGAUGGAAAGACAAGUUCAACACAAGCACUUUAUAAAAUAACUUCUGAUUGAAUGAAGCAGACCGACCUUUGGUCGUGUGUUGUGUACAAGGCAUCAUGGAAAACUUAACCGCCAGCACUUUGAAGGCAUGACGUCAUUCCACCUCAAGCGUUCCAGUGGCCACAGGGAAUGCUGACUGCUUUCUACUUAUUUGAGUCAGAUUUUUGACACGGUUAGUGAAAACUAAUGUAAGGGCAGUGGGGUUUUCAACAGAAGCACACUGUGCUGUCAAGCACCUUUUCCAUUUCUCUCAACUGUAAGAAAGAAAACAGGACGAUAGAGAUACAGAAUCCGAGGGUAUCCCAGUCAGUACAGUCAGGUGCUACUGGGUGCAGGAGAAAACAAUUCAAAUCCCACAGGAAUACAAAGACCAUGCCCAUCCGCCACACACUCACCACUUCACAAAAUGUCAGUCAGUCAGUCAGCAGUUCCUAACUAUAUAAUUUCCUUCCUCAUAAAUGCAUGAAGAUAGAGUGUCAGAGUCUCCUUACACUAUAUUUUUAGGAUAUUUGGGACUUUUCAAGAUAUGAAGAAUUUAGAAGGUGGAGGAAAUUAGAGCUCCAAAUGUUCAGUUAAUUAAAGGAAGCUUCAUUCAGACUGUUCACCAUGUGCACAGUCUUAAGAAUCAGCAGGAACAGCAUUUGCAAACAUUUUGUGUUGUCAAAACUAAUUUAAAAAAAAGCUACCUGUAUAAAUAUAUACAUAUAUAUAUAUUUAAAGACAAGGUUUUGAUACUUUUUUUUUUUUUUUACAAAAACUACAAGAGAAGACUGUAUAAACCACAGACUUUUAAAAUGGCAUUUUGUUCUAUACAAGCUGUUAAUGUAAGGGUAAGGUACUGGUUUGCAAACUCACACUAUCCAAAUGGGUUUUCUUGUUUGCUGCCUCCCCCUCCAAAUUACCACAUUGGGUGUAAUAGUAGGGCAUGUAAAAUGUUGGGUCGCACUAACCAUUUCUGCUCUUGUCACAUCACUCUGAGUUCCGUUAGCUUCUGUACUCAGUGUCUCGGCAACCUAGCUUCUUCCAGAGGCCGAGGGACUGAAGGAGGUGUGCUCCAUUUCACUAGCUGUACUGACAUCAUCUUGGUGAACUGAAAACCAAAUGUGGACAUUUGUAAAAUCAGAACACUGUUUCUAGAGAGAUUAAAUUCAUUUUUUAAAAUCUG